AUGCUUGUCCGCACCAGCAGCGGCAACACCAGCGUGGGCCACCUGAGCCUCUCGCCGCUCGGCUUCUCCGCCCUGCACCGCCCCGACUUCACUUUCCAGUGCCAGGCCCUCCUGUUCCCGGUGCACUCGGUGCUGCUGUCGGCCUCCAGUAAAUUCUUCACCGAGUUCUUCACUUAUAUACGCGGCCAGAAGGCACCAGAAGUCAUCAGCCUGGAUGCCGUCAAGUGCGAGGCGCUCGCCGCGGUGUCCCUGGGCUACUAUCUCGAGUUUGUGUAUUCGGGAGGCGUGCUGCCGGCCUUCGACACGGUGCCCGACGCGGUGCAGGCGCUGCGCCUGAGCGGCUUCUUCGGCAGCGCCAGCCUGGCGGCGCAGCUGGGCGCCAGCCUGGCGGCGCGGCUGCCGGGUCUGGGCGAGGAGGAGCUCCUGGAGGUGUUCCGCGCGGCGGUGGACCUCAAGCUGCGCCGCCUGCUCACCGAGUGCCUGGUGCAGCUGCUGCCGCAGUUUGGGCGCUGCACCGCCGACACCACGGUGGCUGCCAUGAUCGAGCACAUGGAUGCCACCUGCGCCAAGGCUGUGCUGGCACAGCUGGCGCUGCACAGCUUCCCUGUGCCUGGCGCCGCCGCGCUGGCCGCCGUGCCGCCGGCUAGCUGCGGCCCCUUGGCCGCCGCUGCCGCCGCCAGCGCCAGCGACGGCGCCAGCGGGCAGCAGCCGCCGGGCCCUGGCCCUGCCGGUCCCGUCCGGGGCAUCACCACCCCGGGCCGGCAGGACAGCGGGGAGUUUGCUGCCGCAGCAGCUGCCGCCGCCACUGGCCCCGCUGCUGCUCUGGACCUCGAGCAGGUGAAGCAGCAGUUUGUGCGGGUGCUGGAAGCCAAGGGCUGGGGGCAGUGA